AUGGGGAAACACAGAGAUAUGUUUGACUCAUCUUUUUAUAUCACCCUGUGAUGAUCCAGUUGACAUUGCACUAGUGCAGCAAUAUAGUGGAGCUCCUUGAUUAGUGCUAUACCAAAGCAUCCCUAGAAUACCGUACAGCAAAUCCCAGAGACAUUGGCAUAACUAGAAUUUGAGAAGGCAGCAUUCUUUUCAAGACUUAACCUAUUGAGCAUAUUAGUUCGUAAGUAGUGAAAUUACUUGGUCUGAUGCUGAAAACAACAACCUGGUUGUAGUUUUUUUGUUUUAAUUGGCGAAGUGACUGAAAUGGAUUUCCUUUGUUUGGAUGCAACAGUCUAUAACAGAAGCCAUGUCUCUGUCGAGAAGGUCUGGAUUCCUACUGGAAGAUGCGUGCCGAGUGCGCACAACUUGAAGCUCUCUGUUUGAGUAUCAACAGGCAAAUGCUACCAAAGCUAAACCAGGGCUGCUCAGGAGAAGAUAAAAGAGCCAGGAUUGCACAGGAAAGUCGGAACAGGGGAGGCUUGUCAGGGCUCGCCCCCCGACCCUGAAUCGGGGCAGGAAGCUCCACGCAUCCCCACGUCCAGAUCUCCACUCACCGCCUUGUCAGAGACCUCAACCUUCCACAUCUCGCCGGUGCCGCGUGUCACGUCAACACACUGCGCGCAGCGUCACACGCGCACGCAUUUGUCCUCAUUUUCCCGCGACGCUUGGUUUCCAUAGUAACGGUCGCCUCGGGGAAAACACCGGGAGGAGACGGACUUGGCAGCAUGAAGGGGAAAGGAGGGAAGGGGAAAAAGGGCGGCGGCGGCGGCGGCAAGAAAGGGGAUUUAAAGACUUUGAAGGAGGAGUCGGAGGCCGACAGGGCGAAAGCUGCGGCCACGUUAUGGGAGGCCAGGCUGGAGGUGACCGAGAUUUCCCGAAAAGAAUAUCGAGAUGCCGCCCGCCGCCUCGCCCGAAACAACGAGGAAUUGGAGCGGCAACAGCGGCGGCUGGAGAAGGACACAGUUGACGUUAUAGGAUUCCUCAAGAGGCAGGAUAUGGAGAAGGAAGAGCUGAUUGAGAAGCUGAAGCAGCAGGUCAAUGAGUUGAAGCAAAAAGCCAAAGAGGAGAAUGAACAAUUGAUAGAACAAUUCACCAAACAGCUGGAGGAGAUGGAGGAGAAAUUCCACAAGAAGGCCAGAGAAAUCGGCCUAAUUCAAAUUGAGCUGAAAAUGAUAAAGGACUUUCGCAAAAAGAAAGCACUUUUGGAGAAAGAACUUGAAGAUGUAAAAGAAACCCUGGGGAUCACAAAAAAAGAACAUCAGGAAACAAUCUGCAUGUUGGAGAGAAAGUUCCUUGAAGAAAAGCAACGACUGGAAAGAGAAGCAGAGAAGAAGAUUAUAAUGCUAGCAGAAAGGGCUCACCAUGAAGCCAUUAUGCAGUUGGACAAUGCUGGAAGAGCCGUUUUUACAGAGAAUGUUCGUCUUCAUGAGGCUCUUGGAUUCCACAUGAAGGAAACAGAAGAGUUACAAAAAGUCAAGCAAAAACUGGAGGAGAAAAAUGCCUCUCUCUUGCAGGAGAAGGAAACCAAUGACAUUUUAGUUCAGGAAAAGGUAUUGCAAAUUACUCAGCAGAAAGCAUUAAUCCAGGACCUGCAGAACAAAGUGAAAAAACUGGAAGCUGCUAUUUAUCAUAUGACCAGAGAAUUUAAAACUGAAGUUGAAAGUACACAACAGAAGGCUUUGAUGCAGAACCAGGCAGGUCAGACAGAAAUUGAAAAGCUGCAGCAGCUGCUGGAGUUGAAAGAUAGAGAGAUGAGCAGAGUGAAGAAACUGGCCAGAAAUAUCUUGGAUGAAAGGACUGAGGUGGAGAAGUUUUUCUUAGAUGCUUUGGAACAGGUGAAGCAGGAGAUCAUAACCAGCAGGAAGUGCUACAAGCAGGUAGCUCAAGCUGCAUAUCAGAGAAAAAUGAUGGCGGCAUUUGCAGGGAAAGAGGAAUACCCCAAAAUCAGAACCUUUAACGACAAUGUGCACAGCACAAAUAGUGUACAAAUGGACCUUCUGGAAGCAGAGAAAUGGACAAAUAUUCAGAAAGGGAAGGUGGACAUUUCUGAAUUGACCUGGGAGCAGAAGGAAAGUGUGCUGAGGCUACUCUUUGCAAAAAUGAAUGGCCUGAGACAACGGAAAUAUGGUCAGGCUUUGGUUCCCAUAGUUCCAUCCGCUUUUAAUUUAGCUGAAACAAAGAAAGCAAGCACUGAAGAUACCAUUCCCGUCUAUGCUUUCAUUACUCAACAGGCACCAUUAUCAGAGUCAUCUUCUCAUAAAAAAUCACUCCUACCAGAUAUUCAGGUUAUACCACCACAAUCAGACCAAGGUGGCUAUUAAUCAAGAAACAUUUAUCAUGAAAGCCACCUUUCUUCUUGACCUGCAGGUCUAUCAGGCAAAUAACGUUGCAGCAAUGAAAUUGCAUUUGUUUUCUGUGCAUCAGAAUUUAUUACUUCAAUUCUUUCAAAGCAACUUGACUGAAUUCCUUUUGUAAAAAAAGAAAAUUCACUGACAGGUUUCUUUCAAGAUGGAGUCCUAUUUCUUGGCUACAUACAGCAUUUUUCCAUUUUAAGGAGUUUGUACUGGAGAAUUGUAUUCUGAAAUAAAAA